AUGAGGUUAUCCGCUGUUGCCUGCGGGCUUUUUGCCUGCUUCGUCUCUCAGGUUGCCGCCACGGCAUUGACCUACAAGAUCCAUGCCAACGAGAAGGCGUGCUUCUACGCCAAGACCCAGAAGGAGAACGAGAAGGUGGCCUUCUACUUCGCCGUUCAAUCCGGUGGUUCUUUUGAUAUCGACUACGUUGUGACGGGACCGGGCAACAAGGUCAUUCUCGAUGGAUCCAAGGAGCGUCAGGGCGACUUUGUCUUCACUGCCCAGCAGAUCGGCGACUAUGAGUUCUGCUUCAACAACGAGAUGAGUACAUUUGCCGAGAAGUUUGUCGACUUCGAGAUCGCCGUCGAGAACGAGGUUCGCGCUCAGCUCCCCUCUAAGCAGGGUGCCUCUCAGGAACAGCACACUACUCUCGAGGAGACCAUCUUCAAGCUUUCUGGCCAACUGUCGACCAUUUCCAGGGGCCAAAAGUACUUCCGCACCAGAGAGAACCGAAACUUCAGCACCGUCCGCAGCACCGAGUCGCGCAUCAUCAACUUCAGCAUGAUCCAGUGCGCAUUGAUUGUGUUGAUGGGAGCUCUGCAGGUCUUCAUUGUGCGCUUCUUCUUCCAGGGCGCUCGUAAGGGAUACGCUGACCGUGGAACCACUGUCAUCCUGUUGCCCGAGCGGCGCGAGCUUGGAGAGCUUAGAGUAUCGGUUAUCAGCCUCGUCUGCGACCCGGCUAGGUCCUCAAAGCGACCGAUCGCCUUCCUCACCACCUGCGACACACUUUGCGACUACGCGCGACAUACAUGGACACCUCCACGCCAAAGCCGACGCGCAAACAGAACCCCUAGCAACACAAACACCACCUUCUCGGAGGUGGUCCGCGAUCUGUCAAUGCCGAGUGGUGCCCGCCGAAGUUCGAAACAACAACGCAAGAAACCCCGAGAGCCAAACGAGCCAAAGUGGUACACGAUCAAGAAAAUUCUUGACCAGAGACAGUACGGGGGAACCAUCGAGUACCUGAUCGACUGGGACGACGAUAAGAAAACGGGCGAACGCUUCCCUCCAUCUUGGGCUCCAAGCAAGGACGUGACGUCCAAGGCGAUCUUUGAUUGGAAGAAGAAGCAGGAAGAGGCGUACACUCAAUACGCGACGGGCUCUGAAGAGCCAGAAUCACAACGCGAACCGGAGGAAGGAGCAGAGGACCAAGGCGCAUCAUCGCAUUCUCCAACUGCCAGUACCCCUGACAGUAGCCAACCUAUUCGGCCGCCUCAUCGGCGCAAGCGACUUCAUAGUGAGCGCUUUGCAGAGGAAUCCGAAAACUCUCAAAUUGAAGACUCAGAGGAGGACGAACACGAUCUCUCUAAGCGACAUUGCAGUGAGCCGCCGUCGCUGCUUUCAUUCGGCUCCGAAUUCGACACGGAUGCUGCCUCGGACAUUCUUCUCGAAGCACCGAGUAACAUCUUUGUCGCAAUUCCCUCCAAAGUAGAAUUUGACCCUACCGAAUACCUCAGUGUCUCAGGUUCUCAAGGUUCACCUUCGCAUGGGUCACAGCCCAUCUCUACACAAGAAGACGAGGAUAAUCAGGUGCUGCUCACAGAGAAUCUCAGCCAAAGGACCAUUCCCGACUCACAGGACUACUCAGGGCCUGACAGCCAAGAAUCUCAAUUUGCUGCCUCAACAAUCGCACCGAUCACUAACCGGGGUGAGAUCAUUUCAGACCGUGAGAUUGCAGAUUCACAAAGGCAGUCCAGCGUCGGGACUUCUCUCACACCAGCACCGGUCGUGGGAUCUAACCGACAAUCCAGUCUUCCCGCAGCCAUGGCGUCCACGGGUGAGCCGAUGUCGGCCAUUGAGGAGUUGCUGAAGAUGCAAGAGGCGGCUAUGAGCGGUGACUUGGGCGAUGACUCUGGGGAGCAUUUAGGACAGCUUGAUGGGAACGGUAGCGUGGCGACGGGACCAACGGACACACAUGAUUUCUCGAUGGCCAUGGAAAAUCCGUCUCUUCAGAUCAACUCUCAGCCCCCUAUUUCCACAGAUUGGCACAUGGGAGGAGCUGCCACAUCUUCAUCAGAAUUGCCGGUUCUGACCAGCGCACCCGUUCAGCCCGCCAUCCAAGCGCCAGCUAGCGAGCAUCCACCGACGGCUAACCCGGGGAACAUCUUCUCUGGCAAUCUUAUGGCUGCUGAGACCGCACAGCAACUACCCAUGACGAUCUCUCCGUCAGACAUUAGUCGCUCUAUCGAGCCGGAUGAUCCUCUAGCCGCACUGCAUCAACUAGAUGAUGCGCCGCUGAGCAUUCUACCUGCAGAGGACACGGCCACGGCGAAGAGCACAGCAUCAUCCCCUGAUGUCGAACAGUAUCGAUCUGGGCCCCCAACGUCGAUGGACCAAAGCGAAUACCUUGUUACCGUUUCCUUCCCAGCGAACAUCCGCCCUCUCUACCUGAGCACAAUCACCGUCUACAAGAACGAGAUCGAGCACUUCAACAGACUCUGUCGAUCUGGCGAGGCUUUGCCAGAUGAGACGCUGGUGAGCGCCAUUGGAAGGCUUCUAGACCAGCUGCGUGAUAUCUGCGACCUCCCUGCGCCUCUCGACAGUGGCACCAUUGACGCGUUAGCAGCGGAAGAUCUCAAGAAGCACGCCAUGGGGACCAAUAGCAAGUACUUCUUCGUCGGACGGUUCCUGGAGAGGCUCCAGACAAGCCACAAGAAGGUACUCAUUGUUGUGCGCGACAUCACCAUCAUGGGUUACCUUGAGGCCAUCAUUGGUACUAGCGAUAUUGCGUACUCUUUGAAGGGCUUGCACGAGCUUGAAAGCGACGACGAACAUUCUCUGAACGUCGUGCUUAUGCACACAGAACAGACUCUCGUGGAUGAUUUGAGCGACUUUGACGUCGUCAUUGGUUUCGACGGCGGCAUCAUGAGGACUGAUGUACUGAGCCGCUGGGCCCAGAUGAGCGGCAGGAAACCUAUGCUGAUUAGGCUGAUGACUACAUACUCAGUCGAGCAUCUCGAACCGAUGUUGGGGGACGAAAUGAGCGAACUAGAUCGCACGAAUGCUCUGCUCAUUGCCAUGUUCCAGUCCCGAGGUCUCAUUAGUAAUGACGAACAGGGAGAGAUGAUUGAUGGACUCACGGCUCAUUUCGCUAACCAAGUUAUUGAUCCGGAGCCCAACUUUGGCUGGGAGCCCGAGCCCGUCCCGACUGCAGUUCUCGAUCUUUACUCCGACAGCCAACACCAAAGCCAGAUGCCCCCAACCGCUGAGGAGCUGACAAGUCGGAAGCGGAAAGCGGAUGAUGGGCCCCAAGAGGUCACAAAGCGCCUGCGCGUGAGCCCUUCCCCAGGUCGAGAUGGCGGUAGCAUCGACGACACGGUCCGCGGCCACCUAAACCCCAACCCAACCCACGUACAGGUCCGCACGACGCAGGACCAUCUCGACUCGUUGACCACAAAGAUCUCUGAGCUCGAGUACCAAUUAGCAGAAAAGACGACUCUAGAGGCAAACUUGCGCAAGCAUGUGAACAGCCUGUCAAAGAGGGUCAAGAGUCAUGACAAGACCAUUAAUAUUAUUCAGGAGAAACACAUGGCUGCGCUGAAAGAACGCAGCCAAUUUGAGGCAGAGCGAGAUGCGGCCAAGCAGACCGAGGAAAAGGCUCUCAAGAAGAGCCAAACCUGGCAGAACAAGGUACAAAAGCUCGAGGAAGAGCUCAAGAAGAAGUCUGCAACUCUCGACGAAGCGCUGGUCGACGCCGGCACAGUGGCUACGGAGGUGUUUAAGCAGAAGACGGACGAGCUCGAGAAAUCCCUCGCAAAGAUUGCCGAUCUGGAAAAGAAGCUCGAGAGCCGCGACGGCGAGCUCAGCUAUGCGCGAGACGCCUACCAGACGGCCAACCACGCUAACAGUGAGCUGUCCCGGGAGAACAAGGAGCUCAAGGAGCAGGUUGUCGAGUUCCACAAGCAGGCGGCCGGCAGCCUCGCGCAGAUCCAGGACAUCAACUCCAAGGAGCAGAUCAAGGAGAUGCAGCGGCAGAUCGCCGAGACCCAGGCCAUCAGCCGGGACCGCGAGAAGGAGCUCGCACGCGUGGAGAAGGAGCUCCGUACGCUUAAGAACGGCCGUAGGGAGACGCGCCAGCAGAGCGUUCCCCGAAGCCCGCGUCUCGGCAUGAUGAGCCCUAGGGCGCCGCGCACGGCUGGAGGUUCGGCUAGUAGGGGAACCUCGCCCGUUCCGUACGAGUCUUCGGGCACGGGGAGCACGCCCGUGCCGGGCAUGCAGUUCCUGCCGUCGAACAAUCACAGGUUCAACCACCUUAGAGAGUGA